GGGUCGUGCAUGCAAACACACUAGGUUAGGUACUUACUACUAACCUACUUAUUUAUGUAGUACUACUUGAUACUUUACUUUCGUACGAUACAUUUGUGUACUAUGUAUUAUGUAGUUAUGUAGGUAUGUACGAUUCCUCAGGCUAUCCAGUGCUUGCAGGGCUUGCAAGUGGCAGGGUUGUCAUGCAGAGAUGCCCCUCCAUCCAGGUUCCAAGCUGCUUCAGCACAAAUUCAUGAAGAGUGCAGGUGGGGUUAAUCCGCACCUAGUUGUAAAAGUUAGGUAGUAGCUCUUCUAACUUUUCUGAAUUUCCUUCCCAGGACAUUUGGAAAUGCCUCACAUCACAAUUCAUAUUACCAUCACUCUUCUCUUUUAACACAAAAGUAUUAUUCCCUUCGUUUCCUCUUCUCCUCUUCUCUCUCCUCAACACCAAAACUUUCCUGGCAUAGUCGAUAUUUACUCGACUUUGUCUUGACCAUAAACCCAAUCCUUCUUACCUUACUACCUUGUCAUCACAUCACAUCACACCACCUACCUUCUUGAAUAAUCCCACGAAUAUGUCUGCUUCCUCUCUCGACCACCUCGCUCUGGGGAGUCGUGUGGAAUGGCUCGCGAGCCUGAACACCACCCCCUCCGGCAGCAAGAAUGCUCACCGGCGAUCUUCUAUCAUCUGCACCAUUGGUCCGAAGACCAACUCGGUUGAGAUGAUCAACACCCUGCGAGGAGCAGGUCUCAACAUCGUGCGCAUGAACUUCAGCCAUGGAAGUUAUGAGUAUCACCAGUCGGUCAUUGACAACACCCGCGCCGCCGAAAAGGCACUCCCUGGUCGCCAAGUUGCCAUCGCCCUAGAUACCAAGGGACCCGAGAUCCGCACUGGUGACACGGAACGUGGUGAAGAUAUCCCCAUCAAAUCGGGCCAUGUCCUGAACAUUACUACCGACGAACAAUACAAGACCUCGUGCAAUGCACAGAACAUGUACGUCGACUACGCCAACAUCACUAAAGUCAUCCAGCCCGGCAAGGUUAUCUACGUCGAUGAUGGUGUACUGGCCUUCGACGUGGUCAGCAUCAAGGAUGAUAAGACGGUUGAGGUCCGAUGCCGCAACAACGGAUUCAUCUCCUCUCGAAAGGGUGUCAACUUGCCAGACACCGAUGUCGAUCUCCCGGCUCUCUCAGAGAAGGACAAGAAAGAUCUCAGAUUUGGAGUCCAGAACAAUGUCGACAUGGUCUUUGCCAGUUUCAUUCGAAGGGGUGAGGAUAUUCGUGCAAUCCGCGAGGUCUUGGGACCAGACGGCAAACACAUCCAGAUUAUUGCCAAGAUCGAAAACCGACAAGGAUUAAACAAUUUUGAUGAAAUCCUUAAGGAGACCGACGGCGUCAUGGUAGCUCGAGGAGACUUGGGAAUUGAAAUCCCUGCUUAUGAGGUAUUCGCCGCCCAGAAGAAGCUGAUUGCGAAGUGCAACAUUGCUGGCAAGCCUGUCAUUUGCGCAACUCAGAUGCUCGAGAGCAUGAUUACCAAUCCUCGCCCAACUAGAGCAGAAAUCAGCGAUGUCGGCAACGCUGUCACUGACGGAGCUGACUGUGUCAUGCUGAGUGGCGAGACCGCCAAAGGCUCAUAUCCAGAGCUGGCAGUCCGCGAGAUGAGCAACACCUGUCUCGCGGCAGAGAAUUCUAUCCCUUACGUCAGUCACUACGAGGAGAUGGUCUCACUGACAAAGCGUCCCACAAGCGUUGUCGAGGCUUGCGCCAUGGCAGCAGUGCGAGCAUCGUUGGACUUGAACGCUGGCGCUAUUAUCGUGCUCUCCACAUCCGGAGAUUCAGCCCGUCUGCUGUCCAAGUAUCGCCCGGUGUGCCCCAUCUUCAUGGUUACUCGUAACGCAUCAGCUUCGCGUUAUGCUCAUUUGUACCGUGGUGUUUACCCGUUCCUAUUUGACGAGGCUAAGCCAGACUACGAUCGCGUCAACUGGCAGGAGGAUGUGGAUCGCCGCAUCAAGUGGGCUCUGGAGAGAGCCUUGGGCCUAGGAUUGCUCACCAAGACUGAUACGAUUGUAGUUGUGCAGGGCUGGAGAGGUGGCAUGGGCAACACAAACACGCAACGUAUUGUUAAGGCUGACCCUGAUUCCUUGGGUCUAGGAAUGAUGCACUAGAUGCUAUCCCUACAUGGUUUAUUAUGGUGUCAGGUUCAUGGCCGAUAGUAUAUUAGCCUUAGUUGGUAGACAUUUGGUAGUCGGUUGGCAACGAGGUAAUGAUUGUGAAAGAAUAAAAGGAUAAAUUGCUAAUAGAUUGCAUAAUCCACUAA